AUGAAGAGGUCGUUGGCUGUGCAUGUGAAAAAUAAACACAAUGAGAGCGACAAAGAAGAAAAAGAGGAGAUGAGGAGGAGAAGAAGCAGACUUAGGGACAGGUCGUGUAUUUUGAGUUGCCUAAAUCAAGCAAAUCCUAACCUCAAAUUUUCUAAAUUAAUUUUUUCCAAUAAGUCAAAGAUGUUUAAAUCUAGCCCUCAGACGCCCCUAAAGAAAGACUUCUUUGAUUGUUCAGCGAACAUCCCUUCAUACCAGUGUUCGGUGUGCUCUUACGAAACUCAUUUUUUAACUCACUACAAAAACCACACACUACAAAAUGCAGUCGAACAAAACUACAAGUGUCCAAAGUGCAACUUCCGCACGCAUUCACGGUACCUAGUGUUACGCCACAACUUCUUCCAAUGCAAGAAAAAUCAUGGGAGGCGCUUGAGUAAAAAGGUUCAACUACAAUGUGAAUACUGUCCAUACACAACCAUCUGUCACUCCCGACUAAAAACGCACGUGUUAUUCAAACAUACGCCAGACGAAGAAGUACAUUGGUUUCAGUGUGAUCAUUGCGACAGGAAGUUUAAGAUGAAAGGGAGCUUACAGAAACACGUCGACGUUGUGCAUAAUAAGAUCAGUGAAAACAUCCCGUUCUUGCGGUGCAAACAAUGCAACUUCGAAACUCAGAACAAGUUCUACUUGAAGACCCACGUUUUGGUGAAACAUACAUCAGAGACUAAAAUUAAGUGGGUCAAGUGCCAGUUUUGUCCAGCCAAAUUUAAAACGAAAAAAUAUUUAAAGGGUCACGUUCGCUACAAACAUUUAGACACUCAAAAGACCUUCAAGUGUGAGCAGUGUGACUUUGAAGCUAAAACAAAGACGAACUUAAAGUCACACUUUGUGAUUAAGCACACACCGGAUGACAGUAUAGUUUGGAUUUAUUGUGACUAUUGUCCGGCGAAAUUCAAAUACAAAGCGCGGCUUCGCAACCACGUAAGGAGGCGACACACCGAUCUUGAGAUGACUUCAUGGUUUGGAUGCGACUUGUGCGAAUACAAAACGCCUUGGAAAAAUUGUUUGCAGCGUCACGUCGUGGUGGAACAUUCGGUUGAUGAUAGAGCUUCUAAUAAUGUUACAAUUCUACAGUGGUCAAAGUUAUUGUCGUUUGCCGUCCUCGUCAGUGUUGUCAACACUCUGUCAAACCAAUGCAAUGACCUGCAUCCACCAACCCUUACAAUCAACCCCGACUGCAUGAAAUCUAGCACCCCCAGCGCACCUAUUUGUAACAAAAAGCACAGGUUCAACCCCCACAAUAGCAACACGUCAAAAACCUAA